CUCAACUAGUGAACAAAGUGAAACCCCACGGACUUCAGGAUGGCUUACCAGACUCCACCUUACACCCCCAACAAGAGAGACAUCCUCCCAGACGAGACAUCUUCUAGAAAGAGGAGAGCUGUAGGAGAUGCCGAAAAUAAUGAAGGAACAGAUAGGAUUGCUUGGCAGAUUAAAGAAGUUUUGCUGCCAUCUCCGGUCUCCAUUCUCAAGAUUGAUGAUGGGCUCUAUACCAUUUAUUCUGCUGAAAGGGUUAAGAGGGAUUCUGGAGAAGACCUCUACAUCCUGUCAAUGCAUGUAAAGGACAACCUGAAUUGUAUUAAGAGAGUAUGGUGUCCUAUUUCUUUUAGAAAACUGCUUACACAAUAUGUUAACCAUGUAUCUUUAGAGGAUAGAACUUAUUAUGAUCUGUUAUCGGAUGAACUCAUCCAAAUUCAUUGUAAUAUUAGUGAUGCUGAUAUGUUUUACUCUGGCCAUGAGCUUAUGUAUUAG